GUUCGUCCAUGGAUAACCGAAACGAUGGUGACGACAGAUGAAAUUGGUCAAGACAGAACAUUAACCCAGAUCAUGACGACAGACCAAUCUUCUACCUCAUCUCCAAUCGGUACCGAGCAUGCUGUCCAUCAAAACACUACGGAUCCUUCUCAACCUACUGGUAAUCCACACGAAAAUUUACCAUACAAGAUCAUCUUCGUACUAUCCCUGGUCAUCAUAUUAAUCUGCUGUGUCUUUAUAGUAUAUUUCUGUCGUCGGGGACAUCGACGCGAGAGUCGAUCAACAGGGCAUGCCUCUGAAUAUCGAGUGAGUAAAAACGAAGCCAUGACGUCGAUAGGUAUAGACAGCAGAGACCUUGACUGUGGUGGGAUUCGUGCUAACCAGAUCACCAUUCGUACGCCAAGCCCACGACUCUACCUUCCUACAUGCGCUACAGCAGUCGAAACAAAGGCGUCGAUACACGACAGCCCCGUCGAUGGUGAUGAUGAUGACUCUCAGUCCAAGAGCGAUGACGAGUACUACGACAUGACAAAAUGGUAUCGUACAAGUGAUCACGCCAUACAUAUCGAUCCCGUUGAUGAGCCGAAGAUGUCCCAUGUUCCCAUGGAAACAUCAUCCGGGGAUGGAAGACACCUCGGUAAUGCCCUUCGACCCUUGGGCCGUACCCCUUCUUCCCGCAGUGACCGUCUUUAUGACAGUAUUCCAAGUCAUGGUCAUAAACGCCACCCUCUCAAGCACUGCUACCCCACUUGCCACACCUCUCUGCGUCAGGGAUACUCGGAGUGGAAAGUUCCUGAUGGGGAAUUACUGGACAUCCCCCAUUACCAGAAUAUCAGGUUUUGAACAAUGGUCCAUUUUUCCAAAGGGACCUUCUUUUCUUUUUCUUCUUCAGAUUGCUACGCACAACGUGUAAUGAAUGUGUUUUUCCUAUAUACGAAUGCAAAAUCCCCUUGCCCACAUAUUCUUCCUGGAAUCAGACUGGCAUUGACAUAAUUAACCAAAUAAGCACAGGAGCGCAAAGUGGUGUAUAUGGGGGCAACUUGACAAAUGAAUUGCGACCGAGUGAAUAUUUUUUUUUAUCUCGGUCGUGUUGGGGUUGCUUCAGCAUCCACAAGAUAUUUCUAAGAGGUUCUGCCUAUAGU